AACACAUUAUUAGUAUCAUCAUUUAGUUGUGUGAACAAACUACACUUUUGACUGAAAAACAGAAAUGGUUAAUCAAACUUAAUGUUACCUAAAGUUUAUUCAAUUUGUGAAAAAUGAGCAAAGCAUUUGAUAAUUCUCCUCAUGGAAAUAAACUAGAAUUAUCAAUGAAUGAUAAUGGAGAAAAUGAUAGUAAAUUAGUAAACUCUCCUCAAACUACAGCAAAUGAAUUUACGUUACUAAAUAAUCGAACUGACUGUGAUUUAAUUGAUGAUGAUUCAAUCGAACCUUGUAUCCAAUCUUUUUCAACUUCACCACAAGCAUCAAUUAAAUUUAAUGCCAUCAGCAACAAUACACCUGCAAGUCAUAAAACUGUUGAUUGUGCCCGAGAUUUAGCUUCACCUGAUGUCAACUCAACACAAUGUUUCCAAUCGCCAAACCAAAGCAGCAGCAAAACGCCUGUUCAGCUAAAAAGUGAACAAUCUAAUUCCGUUUUAAAUAAUUACGUGUUUAAAAGUAAUCAUAAUAAGGAUAAUAAUCACAGUGAUUCAGUUUAUAAUGAUAACAAUGGAAACGAAACACGUGGACCAGCAAAGCAUCUUGUCCACUGGUUUCGGAAAGGCCUACGUCUUCACGAUCAACCAGCUCUCCUUAAAGGACUUCAAGGAUGUGAUACUUUCCGAUGUAUAUAUCUUAUUGACCCAUGGUUUUCAACAGAAUCCAAUUGUGGAAUUAAUAAAUGGCGAUUUCUGCUACAAUCACUUGAAGAUCUAGAUAGUAACUUACACAAGCUGGGUUCACGUUUAUUUGUCAUUAGAGGCCAACCUGCUGAAGUUUUCCCUCUUCUCUUCAAAGAAUGGAUGAUUACACAUUUAAGCUUUGAAGAGGACCCGGAGCCAUUUGGUAAAAUACGUGAUGCAAAAAUCGCCAAAAUGUGUAAAGAAAUGAACAUUGAAGUUAUCUGUGAGACCUCGCAUACACUAUACAGACUGGAAGACAUAAUCAAUCAUUGUAGUGGUGAAAUCCCUUUAACCUAUUUACAAUUUCAAAAUGUCAUAUCAGAACUCGGAAAACCAGAAGAACCAGCACAAGCGAUUACCCAUGAAGUUAUUGGAAAAGCUUACACUCCUGUGCCAAGAGAUCACGCUAAAAAAUAUACCGUUCCAACCUUGAAUGAACUAGGCUUUACCACUCAACCAAACCAUAGAUCAGUUUGGGUUGGUGGAGAAACAGAAGCACUUCAGAGGUUAUCUCGUCAUUUGGAGCAUAAAGCUUGGGUUGCCACUUUCGGGAAACCAAAAUUGACUUCUUUAUCUUUACUCUGUGCUUCUCAAACUGGCUUAGGACCAUAUUUAAGAUUUGGAUGCAUUUCACCUCGUCUUCUUUAUCAUCAGCUUUCAAAUCUUUACAGUAAAUUGAAGAAAGGGAAUCCACCAUUAACUUUGUGUGGCCAGCUUUUGUGGCGUGAAUUUUUUUAUUGCGUAGCCACCAAUAAUCCCAACUUUGAUAAGAUGCAAAAUAAUCCUUUGUGUGUUCAAAUUGCUUGGAAUUCAAAUGCUGAAGCUUUAAAUAAAUGGGCAAAUGGGCAAACUGGAUAUCCUUGGAUUGAUGCAAUACAAACUCAAUUACGCCGUGAAGGUUGGAUUCAUCAGAUAGCAAAGCACGCAACCGUUUGUUUCCUUACUCGAGGAAUCCUCUGGAUCUCUUGGGAAGAAGGUAUGAAAGUAUUCGAUGAAUUAUUGAUUGAUGCAGACUGGUCUGUUAAUGCAGGAACCUGGAUGUGGCUAAGCUGUUCAUCUUUCUUUCAAAGAAUCUGUCACAUUUAUUGUCCGGUCAGUUUUGGCCGUAAAAUGGAUCCACAAGGAGAUUAUAUUCGUCGAUAUCUUCCAGUUUUACGAAACAUUCCCAAUGAAUAUAUCCAUGAGCCUUGGAAAGCACCAAUUAAGGUACAAAGAGAAGCUAACUGCAAGAUUGGUAAACAUUAUCCUCAACCAAUUGUUGAUCAUCAAGAAGCAAUGAGGAUAAACCAAGAAAGGAUGAAACAAGUUUUUCGCAUCCUAAUCAAAGGCUUGGAUCUGAAGAGAGAAGAUGUUCAAGAUUAAUAAGUUUUGAUAAAAAAUUACGUUAUUUUAAUUAUCUUUUAUCGAUGCACUGAAAUGUUGAACCUCGAUUGUUUAUCAACCAUCCAGAAACCGAAACUAUCCACGUCCUGAUCAUUGAGGAACUGAUGUUAUUUGUUUUGAAAUAAGUUCUUACUAAUGAGGUAUUUAGCCUAAAGUGCCUAUUCAUUAAAGUAAAUUCCUGGCC